AUGACUGAGACAAAGGAAACAAAAGAAACAAAAGCAAAAUCUCCGGAGAAAAAAGAUGUUUCUACGGACAAAAAAGGUGGAAAAAGAGGUCGAAAUAGACCAAGGAACUAUGAUUUAGGAAACGGUGUUUACAGAUUUAGUCGUACCCGUAUGUUUCACAAAAAGGCUAUUUACAAAUUUAUUGAUAAAAAGACACCAAAAACUGUUAAGCCUAAGAAACCAGUCACCAUUGAAAAGAAAAUUAGUGGUGAUAAAAAUGGAGAAAAACGUAUUGUAUCAUUAAAGAAAAGACGUGCUAAUUAUCCUACUGCAGAUCCAGUAACUGUACAUCAUGCUAAAAAAUGUUUCCGUGAUCAUCGCCGCUAUCUUAGACCUUCCUUGAAACCAGGAACAAUUUGUAUUUUACUUGCUGGUGCUCAUAAAGGAAAGAGAGUUGUUUUCUUAAAACAACUUAAGAGUGGUUUACUUUUAAUCACGGGUCCUUUCUUGAUUAAUGCUUGCCCACUUCGUAGAGUUAGUCAAAACUACGUGAUUGCUACGUCAACACGUAUUAAUAUUUCUGGUUUAAAAGUUCCGGAUGACAUCAAUGACGAUUAUUUCAAGAGGAAACGUGAGAAACGUGCAAAGAAAGAAGAAGGUGAUAUCUUCAGUAAAAAGAAAGAUGAAUACAAACCAAGUAAUGACAGAAAAGCUGAUCAAAAAAUAAUUGAUAAAUUUGUGCUUUCUGCUAUAAGAAGAAACAAAGAGAAAAAAAUGUUAUUCACCUACUUAUCAGCAAUGUUUGGGUUGAGAAGUAGUCAAUAUCCACACAGAUUAAAAUUUUAAUCUUUUGUGAUUUG